CAUCAUUGCUGGCUGCUUGGGCCUGAGAGCUUCGAAACGUCUGAAACCACUCCCUUUUCAAUGGAGGAUAUCUGUCUGUCUGCUACAUCUCAACGUCGAGAACUCGUCCCUCCCUUUAAAUCAACAUCGUCUCUGUGCUGUGGCGUCUGCACUACGUUGAACAGACGUUGCAUUUCCGCCCCAUCCGUAAACCCUGUCCAGGACGUGCGGCUGCGCCCCAAUUAACUUACACCCUACCUUGGGACGAGGAGCAGCUUCAAUACCAAGACUACCCACCUCCUGUUAUUCUCCUCUCUUCUCGACUCAAAUGGCCAAGAUCAGCUAGCACCCGCUUCUAUGCUUUUCUGCUUUACCUAGCUUCCCGGCCCAACCAUUGUUGACCGGAAGAGAUCGCCCAGUUUCCACCAACAGCCCUACCUCUCCCGGCCGUUCCGGUUCGAGGGAUUCCUACCCAUCAACACCCCCCUCACGAUGCCGGCCGAUUACCAGUCAGCGGCAGCGGCGCUCGCCAUUCCCCCGAUGCCCUCGCCCCCGACCUCCCCCUCCGCCGCGACGCCUCCGUCCCCCGACCUCGAACCGGGUAGCCCCCUCCCGCCCUGGGCCCGCCCGCGCACCGCCUCCACCUCGGCCCGCCGCCUCUCCUCCCGGCCGUACACCCUGCACAACCGCGCGCACUCGCGCCAGCCCCUCGCAUCGCGCCUCCUGCACGCCGCGGCCGCGGCCGGCGAGCGGGCCUGGCGCCUGUUCCGGCGGCUGCCGCCGGCGUACCGGGUCCUCGUCGUCGCGGGCGGCGCGGCGGCGCUGGCGCUGGGGAUCACGUUCGCCGUCUUCAGCGGGCGCAUCCUCGCGGCGCUGGGUCCCGUGGCGCGGUCGUGGAAGGCCCUCCCCCUCGGCUGGGCGCUCGUGUGGCUGCUCGUGUUCGCGGCGGCGUUCCCGCCCCUGGUGGGCUACAGCAGCGCCGUGACGGUGUCCGGGUUCGUCUACGGGUUCCCGCACGGGUGGCCGUUCGCCGCCACGGCCACCGUGGCGGGGUCGGCGGCCGCGUUCCUGGCCAGCAGGGGGGUGUUUGCGCCGUACGUGCAGAGACUUGUUGGCCGUGACAGGCGGUUCGUCGCGCUCGGGCAGGUACUCCGCCGCGACGGCAUCGGUGUUCUCACCAUGAUACGCUUCUGCCCGUUGCCGUAUAGCCUUAGCAAUGGGUUCCUCGCCACCAUCCCGAGCAUAUCUACCGGGUCGUUUGCCGUGAGCACCGCGCUGUCGACCCCAAAACUCCUCGUCCACGUCUUCAUAGGCAGCCGGCUCGCCCUCCUGGCCGAGGAGGGCGACACCAUGACGGCCGGCGACCGCGCCGUCAACUACGCGGGCAUGCUCCUCGGCGGCCUGGUGGGCCUCGCCGUGGGGCUCGUCAUCUACCGGCGCACCAUGGCCCGGGCCGCCGAGCUCGCCCUCGAGGACGACGACCCCGACGCCGCUGCCGCCGCUGCCGCUCUCGGGUUUACCGGAGAGGAGGGUGAGGAGGAGGAUGAGGAGGAGGGAGGGGGGCGGGAGGAAGGGGCCCGACUGCUGCGUGGCUCGUCCGCUGCCGGGGCUGGGGCUGGGGGACCCGACGCUUCUGAACUCGACGCGGCGGCGCUGAUGGAUGAUGAUGACAUAUCGCUGUGGGAGGCGGAGGGUGUAGAGGGCGGGUAUAGGGAUAGUUGGGAUGAGGAGGAGGCCGUUGGCGGCGGCGGGGCGGUGGAUGGGAGGAAAGGAUAGGAACGAUGUUGUCUUUUGCUUGAAAAGAGACAUGCGUUGGGGAAAGGGGGUUUCGAGGCACUGGCACUUUUUGCAUUGGCGGCGUUCCAGGGAACAGGUUAUAAAUAGAUGGUCAGUGAAUACUUUUCAAGGGCUACCGUCUCGCAAUGAUUGGUUCUGUUGGUUAGGUCAGUACUGCUUGUACUGGGUCGUAUGAUGGAUAACGAAUAGAGAUCAAUUAGACGGCCUAUAACUCGGAAGUUGUUGGGUUCUUGGAGUCAUGGUGAACUCCCCGUUUCCAUUCA